AUGGGUCAACGUAGCUCUCGUUGCAAAGAGGCAGAAAAAGAUUUUGGGCGUGUGUACAAUUGCCAUGGUACACCGCCACAGUCUUUCACUAGUUUGCUGGAAGCCCACCCACAUCCAGCUGGUGUUGGAGAGGAGGAUGUGGAUGGGAAAAAGAAGAAAGGGAGGAAGGAGGACACCUCUAAGGAAAAGAAAAGGAGGUUUAGGUUGUGGAGGUGGACCUCUUGUUGGAGAGCUGGUAAAAAAUACAGCAGGAAGGCCAGCUCAGUUCAGGGUGAAGAUGAGGCUCGGGGUACUGACGCAGCGGCAGUACCAUCUAGAAGAAGUCCUGAUGAUCAGAAUUCACUACAGCAGUUCAUCUGUACUAUAGAGACCCACAAUCAUCAGGAACCUUCAGGCAGUGACCCUGAAGUCUCUCCUGCAGCAGAGGAGCAUCUUGCUGUUCAUCCUGAUGCAGAUGUCCUCCAAUCACCAGAAUGGAGCGACAACGUCGCUCAGACUCCAGUCGAUACCACAUCAGACUGGAGCGCUGACAUUGCCCAGGCUCCAGUCCUUCGUACUGCAUCUGACUGGAGCAUCAAUGCCGGCCUGACUCCAGUCUUUACCACAUCAAACUGGAGUGGUGAUUUUGCCCAGGCGCCAUCUGACUGGAACAUUUAUGCCGGCCUGACUUCAGCAUGCACCAUGUCAGACUGGAGCACUGACGUCACACAGACUUCAGCACCCACUGCAACAAACUGGAGCGCUGACGUCACCCAAACUCCAGACCGCACCGCUUCUGAUUGGAGUGCCGAUAUCGCUCAGACUCCAGUCCGGCGCACCCCUUCCAACUGGAGCAAGGACAUUGCCCAGACUCCAGUCUGCACCACAUCAAACUGGAGCGCCAAUGUCAUCCAAACUUCAGUUAGUUCCACAGAGGUCUCUGUGUCACCUCUGACAAGGCAGCUGGAGAAAAAUGGAAAGAUAAAAAUUGAGGUCAUCAAUUCCUGCCACUAUGUGAUCGGCGAUUUGCUGGGUGAAGGGACCUUUGGAGCCGUGUAUGAGGGGAGUCGUCUGCAGGAUGGUUUUAAGGUAGCAGUGAAAUAUGUCGCAAAGACGGAGAAUGUGGAAUACAUCAGUAUCCCGGGUCAUUCCAAGCCCCUUCCACUAGAGAUUGCACUGCACAUCCUCGCCAACAGAGGCCCCAGCAUUCCGGAAAUAAUCCAACUGCUGGACUGGCAGGACCAGCAUGACCAUUAUGUUAUGGUGAUGGAGCGCCCCUCACCCUGCGAGGACCUGUUUGAAUUUGCAGAACGCCACGGAGGCACCAUCGAUGAAGGCUUAGCUUGUGUCGUCAUGCGGCAAGCAACACAGGCUGCCUACAUGUGUUGCCGCCGUGGGGUUCUACACGGAGAUAUCAAACUUGAAAAUCUGCUCAUUAAUAAGGAGACCCAUGAAGUCAAGCUAAUUGAUUUUGGGUGUGGCGACCUCCUUAAGAAAUCGGCCUACAAGAUAUUCACUGGCACUGAUCAGUACUGCCCCCCGGAGUUUAAAGAGGAGGGUGAGUACAAUGGGAAGCCAGCAACAGUCUGGUCCCUUGGUGUUCUCUUGUUCGCAUUGGUGUGCGGGGAUUUUCCCAACAUUGAUGACUUGAACAAGAUCAAUGCAAACAACUUCUCCAAAGCUGGCUUGUCAGAAGAAUGCUGCCAGUUGAUUAGUUCUUGUCUCCAGCAAGAGCCAGAGCAGCGGCUUCGAUUAAGCAAGAUUCUUCUCCACGACUGGUUCAAGGUCACAGAUGUGGAGAACCUAAAAACAGUGUAAAAAAAGGACAGGAACCCCUGGAGUGGCU